AUGGUUGAUGCAAAUUACAAAUUUGUAGCAAUCGAUGUCGGGUCAUAUGGGAGAGAAGGAGACAGCGGUAUUUUUUUAAAAUCUACUAUGGGACAACAAAUUUUAAACGGUGUAUUCAAAUUUCCAGAAGAUAGUGCCCUUCCUGGUACUGAUAUAAUAGUACCUCACGUUGUACUCGGAGAUCAGGCAUUUAGGUUGCAUAAACAUAUUUUGAGACCGUUUUCUCAAAAAUCAGCAAGGGGAGAUAACAGCAAAACGGUUUUUAAUUAUAGACUUAGCCGCGCUAGAAGAGUAACCGAAAAUGCUUUUGGGUUACUAAGUCAAAUAUUUAGAGUGUAUUAUCAGCCAAUCAAUAUUGCUCCAACAACGGUUGAUGAUUUAAUUAUUGUGACAUGUUGUUUACACAAUAUGUUACGGGACGCAUACUUGGAAAAUAACGGAAAAGCAUACUAUCAAUUUGAUCAGGAAUGUUCAACUCAAAAUAAUAACAUGAUGUCAUUUUCUGGAGAAGGUGGAUUUAUAAAUACGGAAGGAGUUAGAGUAAGAGAUAUUUUUAAAGAUUAUUUUGCAAAUAUAGGAGCUGUACCAUGGCAAAUGUAA